AAAAGAGAAUUUGCAUUUCAUUUUCUAGUUCUGCAAGUCUUCAGCGAGAGGUUCUGUUGCUCGGCUUCUGCUCUUCUGCUCCUUCGUUUGGGGGCAAAUCGAUAGGGAGAAGAAAAUUACAAGUUUGUUUCAAUUACAGUUGAUUCGAGUUCGGAAGUACUUGCUUGUUUGAAGAACAUGAGCAAUACUUUACGUGCAGUUCAUCAGCAAACUCUAUGUAGGUCAUUUUUAUUGGAAAAUCAGAGCAAUAACCAUCCAUGGAUCUCCUCAAGUCUUUCAUAUAGAUUGCUUUCUUAUUCAAAAAAUGAUCAAGCGUGCCCACAUAACCAGGGGCCCAUACUUUCUACCAGAUUUCUUGGGAACAGUCUAAGUGCUUGGAAAACAAAAUCCCAACAAGAAAUGCGUAGGGCUGCUUAUAUGUUUCCCCAUGCUGUUUUGGUCACUGAUUCUUCUCCACAGGUUGGAGGCAAAGUCAAAUUGGAUGAAAAUUCUGAGUUGCAGAUUGUUUCGUGUUCCCCAACCUCAGGUUCCCUUUUGCAAAUUGAUUUUCAAAUUAGCAAUGGUGGCGAAUCCCUAGUUCUUCAUUGGGGUGCAGUUUGUAAUAGGAACAAGGAUUGGACUCUCCCUUUACGACGUCCAGAUGGGACAAAAGUUUAUAAAAACAAAGCUCUUAGAACUCCCUUCGUUAAAUCUGGUUCCAGCUCCUUACUUAAAAUAGAAAUCGAUGACCCAGAAGUACAAGCUAUUGAGUUUCUUAUACUUGAUGAGGCACAGAACAAAUGGUUCAAAAAUAAUGGCCAGAACUUCCAGGUUUUGUUGUCUGGAAACCGGGGUCAAACUCUUGGUUCCUCAAUUGCGGAGAAUAUAAAUGUUACACUUCCAGAAGAUCUUGUGGAAAUUCAUGCAUAUCAUAGAUGGGAGAAAAAUGGGAGACAGACAUACACACCAAAGCAAGAAAAGGAGGAAUAUGAAGUAGCUAGAAACGAGUUGCUUCAGGAAAUUAGAAGAGGCAUUUCUCUAGAGGAACUCCGUGCAACGUUGUCCAACAGACCUGAGACAGUGAAAGAGAAAGUCACUUCUGAAGUUGGAAUACCAAAUGAUCUUGUGCAAGUACAGGCAUAUAUACGCUGGGAGAAAGCUGGCAAACCAUCCUAUUCACCGGAGACACAAAUUUUGGAGUUUGAGGAAGCAAGGAAAGAACUUCAGCUGGAGCUAGAAAAAGGGACAUCUGUCGAUGAGAUUCGGGAAAAGAUAAUGAAAGGAAAUAUAAAGAGCAAAGUAUCCAAGCAACUAAAGGAUAAAAAGUAUUUUUCUGUAGAGAGAGUGCGACGUAAAAGUAGAGAUCUUAUGCAGCUAAUCAAUAAACACUCUGACCAACCUACACAAUGGGAAACUUCUGAUGUCAAAAGAUCUCUAAAAGCUGUGGAACUCUGGUCAAAUGAUUUAGAGGAGAGAUUUGAUGGCUUAAUUAUUUCCAGAAAUCUGUUUAAGCUGGAGGAUAUGGAUAUUAUGGUACUAGUGGGCUAUAAUGAAGGUAAAAUGAAGGUUUUUUUGGGCACUGAUUACAAGGGAUCGCUUCUUCUUCACUGGGCAUUAUCAGAGAAGGCUGGCGAGUGGAUGGUGCCCCCAAGCAGUUCUUUACCUCCAAAUUCAGUUUUGCUAGACAAGGCAUGCCAGACCCCAUUUGUUCAUGUAUCUUCAGCAGAUCCAGCUUACCAGUUGCAACUUCUUGAGAUAAAUAUUAAUGCUGAACACUAUGAUGGGAUGCCAUUUGUCCUUUGUUCUGAUGGCCACUGGAUAAAGAACAACGGUUCGGACUUUUAUGUCCAAUUUGGUGGUCAAACUAGCAAAGGCUUGAAGGAUGCUGGUGAUGGAAAAGGUACUGCAAAGGCCUUGCUAGACAGGAUAGCUCAGAUGGAGAGUGAAGCAGAAAGAUCGUUUAUGCAUAGAUUCAACAUAGCAUCAGACCUGUUACACCAAGCCAAAGAUGCUGGUCAAUUAGGUCUUGCUGGAAUUCUUGUGUGGAUGAGAUUUAUGGCUACAAGACAGCUUGUGUGGAACAAAAACUACAAUGUGAAACCUCGAGAGAUAAGUAAAGCCCAAGAUAGGCUUACAGACAUCCUUCAAGAUAUGUACAAAAGUUUCCCUGCAUAUAGGGAGAUCUUGAGGAUCAUCUUGUCUACUGUUGGUCGUGGAGGUGAAGGUGAUGUAGGACAGCGCAUUAGGGAUGAGAUCUUGGUCAUUCAGAGGAAUAAUGAUUGCAAAGGUGGAAUGAUGGAGGAAUGGCAUCAGAAGCUACACAAUAACACUAGUCCUGAUGAUGUUGUAAUUUGUCAGGCACUGAUUGACUAUGUUAACAGCAACUUUGAUGUCAAUGUUUACUGGAAGACUCUGAAUGACAAUGGCAUUACGAAAGAGCGUUUAUUAAGCUAUGACCGAGCUAUACACUCCGAACCAAAAUUUAGGCCCGAUCAAAAAGAAGGCCUUUUGCGUGAUCUUGGAAAUUACUUGAGGACUCUUAAGGCAGUACACUCAGGUGCUGAUCUCGAAUCUGCUAUUGCAACUUGCUUGGGUUACAAAUCUGAGGGUCAGGGCUUUAUGGUGGGGGUUCAAAUAAAUCCUGUAAAAGGAUUGGCAUCUGGGUUUCCUGAGCUGCUGGAAUUUAUCCUUGAUCAUAUUGAGGAUAAAAUGGUAGAACCGCUAAUUGAGGGUUUGCUGGAGGCACGAACAGAACUUCGUCCAUUGCUGCUGAAUUCCCAUGAGCGUUUAAAGGAUAUCAUUUUCUUGGAUAUUGCUCUUGAUUCUACAGUUAGGACUGCAAUAGAAAGGGGAUACGAGGAGCUUAACAACGCAGAACCCAAGAAAAUCAUGUACUUCAUCUCUCUGGUUCUUGAAAAUCUUGCAUUGUCUUCAGAUAACAACGAGGAUCUUAUAUACUGCAUAAAGGGAUGGAACCAUGCGCUGGAGUUGUCCAAAAGAAAUGAUGAUCAAUGGGCAUUAUAUGCCAAGGCAUUUCUUGAUAGGACCCGACUUGCUUUAUCAAGCAAGGCAGAAUAUUUCCAUCAAAUUCUUCAGCCUUCAGCUGAAUACCUGGGAUCAUUAUUAGGAGUUGAUCAGUGGGCUGUUGACAUAUUUACUGAAGAAAUAAUUCGAGCUGGGUCAGCCGCAUCUUUAUCGGUGUUACUUAAUCGGAUCGAUCCAAUUCUUAGGAAGAUGGCAAACCUUGGAAGUUGGCAAGUCAUUAGUCCUGUUGAAGCUUCUGGCUAUAUAGUCACUGUGAAUGAGUUGCUUUCUGUCCAGAAUAAAUCUUAUGAGCGGCCUACAAUUUUGGUAGCCAAAAGUGUCAAGGGAGAAGAGGAAAUUCCAGAUGGCACGGUUGCUGUACUAACAUCUGAUAUGCCAGAUGUUCUUUCUCAUGUCUCUGUUCGAGCAAGAAAUAGCAAGGUUUGCUUUGCCACCUGCUUUGAUCCCAAUAUCCUGGCUGAAUUUGAAAGAAAUGAAGGAAAAUUAUUUCGCCUAAAACCUACAUCUGCGGAUAUCAUUUACAGUGAGAUAACUGAGGGUGAACAAACUGGCGCAAGUUCCAGAGAUAUAAGUGAUGGAAGAACUCCAGCUCUGACCAUACUCAGGAAAAAAUUUGCUGGUAGAUACGCUAUAGUUGCUGAGGAGUUUACUAAUGAACUGGUUGGGGCUAAAUCACGUAAUAUAUCAUAUCUCAAAGGAAAAGUGCCUUCUUGGAUAGGAAUCCCAACAUCAGUUGCUCUACCAUUUGGAGUUUUUGAGAAGGUUUUGUCAGACAAAAUAAAUAAGGAUGUAGCUGAUAAUAUGAAUGCACUCAAGAGAAAGUUGGCAGAUGGAGACUACAAUGCCCUUGGUGAAAUACGCAGAGCAGUUCUGCAGCUGGCACCUUCGUCUCAAUUGAUUACAGAGCUGAAGGAGAAAAUGAAGAUUUCUGGAAUGCCUUGGCCUGGGGAUGAAAGUGAACAUAGAUGGGAACAAGCAUGGAUGGCUAUCAAGAAGGUUUGGGCCUCUAAGUGGAACGAGAGAGCUUAUUUCAGCACUCGAAAAGUAAAGCUUGAUCAUGACCAUCUUUGCAUGGCUGUCCUUGUCCAAGAAAUCAUAAACGCUGACUAUGCAUUUGUUAUCCACACUACUAACCCUUCAUCUGGAGACUCAUCUGAGAUUUAUGCUGAGGUGGUAAAAGGGUUAGGUGAAACUCUAGUGGGCGCCUAUCCCGGCCGCGCUCUUAGCUUUGUUUGUAGCAAAAAUGAUCUCAAUUCUCCUAAGGUUCUUGGUUUUCCGAGUAAACCUAUUGGCCUCUUCAUUAAAAAGUCUAUUAUAUUCAGAUCCGAUUCUAAUGGUGAAGAUUUAGAAGGCUAUGCUGGUGCAGGCUUGUAUGAUAGCGUUCCAAUGGAUGAGGAAGAGGCUAUAGUGCUGGACUACACAUCUGAUCCUCUCAUAAUGGAUGGAAGCUUCCAGAAGUCGAUAUUGUCGAGCAUCGCCCGAGCAGGCGGCGCAAUUGAAGAGCUUUAUGGAUCUCCACAAGACAUUGAGGGAGUUGUUAAAGAUGGCAAGAUUUUUGUGGUGCAAACGAGACCACAGAUUUGAUUCAAGUAUUUGAAGGUGUUUGUUCUCUGCUGUAAUCUCACUAUGCAAUGCAAUAAGCAGUAAUAGUUAUAUCAGCAUUACAUAAAGGAAAAUUAUAGAUGAAAAGGGAAGAAGGUUGCAGAAUUUUUUUUGAAUUCUGUAAAUUGCAAGAACUUUAGACAUUUUUAAAAGGUCUAUUGGUUCUUUUGUAUGUGUGGGAUUUGUCAUUUUGUAAGUGAUUUGCUCUGAAAUUUGUCCAGGUUCAAAUAAUGAAAUAAAUGGCCACUCUUGCUACCUCAUCAGACUCACCUGUAGAAAAUAAUUUCUAAGUGUGGUUUAUAUUGUCUUUUUGUGAAUUUCAA